AUGAGUGGAGCUCCUACUGAUUUUUUAAAAAAUCAUCCAAACAGUGAUGCAAAUAAAACACUCCAGGAACGAAUGGACUCCUUAAAUUCUGUUCUCUUAAAUUUCCUUUGCUAUGAUGUUAGGUUUGUAUGGAAAGUUCAUUCUUUAAGUAUUCAAGGAAUAAGGAAAGAUGACUAUGUUGAUGAAGAAAUAUUAUCAGCAGUUUUUCCACUUAGCUGGGAUUUCCACUUCCGAUUUCAUGAAAUAUUUAACAUGAUGGAAUACAUAAUACUAUCUGUCAUGGAAUAUUCCAAUGUCGUAAAAGAGUUGAUAAAGCACCCAGCAGAUUCACAAGAAUUUUCUAUUCGAUACUGUAUCACUUAUAAAUAG